AUGUUAUUGACCGGUAUAGGCAUUAAUCCAACCACCCAACAGGCUUUCAUUGCCACGAGAUUACCGGCGAGGAAUGGUAACUUUUACAUCGGCUUAGAAGGCACGGAUAAGGAUGAUGAAUACAAAUGGAUUGAUGGAAUGGACCCUGAGUAUACCAACUGGGAUUAUCCUCUAUAUACCGAUCCACCACCUUACUGUGCUGUAAUGAGGUCUGGAAGUAGCUCGAUACAUGGACGAUGGAACCGACGAACAUGCACAUCAAAUAGACAACAUAUCUGCCAAAUACCUAUCGACGAUGAUCAUAGAUGGCAAGAGUUCGGUGAAUCUCAGUAUCUCAUCAAGUUCACACCUCAUGCAACGCCAAGUGCUGCCAGGGAAACAUGUCAAAGUUAUGGCGGUGAUUUGGCUAUCAUCAAAACAGCCGAAGUCAACACAUUCCUCAAAGCGCUUCUACCUACAUGUAGUGAUUCAUAUUUUUGUUAUUUGAUCGGGUUUCGGAGGAGUGGCAAGGGAACCUUCUACUGGUUGGAUGAUACUGCAAUCCAGUAUAAAGAUUGGUAUAGCGCCAGGGAACCCAAUGAUGCUGACUCCUGGGGUUGCCUUGGUACGCGUGAUGGCGCGUCAUGGUAUGACCAGACUUCACAGCUAUCUUCACCGUACAUUUGUGAGCGUACACCAGGUAUGAAUUCUGAUGAUCCAACGUGA